AUUGUACAUUUCUUGAUGCACGACAACAUUCCCAUGCACCAGAAAGCUGUCAGCACUGCACCAUGAGUGACUCGGACGAAAAUAAGAAACCUGGAUUGCCACAAUGGCAGCUCGAGACAAAGACAGAAGAUGCGCAAAAGACUGCUGAAGCAACUCCAGAGUCCCCAAAUCGAGAAACGAUUAUCGAGCAGGCGCGCAAGUUCCUCGAGGAAGAUGAUGUUCGGAAUGCCACAACAGACAAAAAGAUUGUUUUCCUCGAAAGCAAAGGGCUACAGCCAGAUGAGAUUCAGUCGUUAUUAGGCGUCACUCGAAAUGAGGAAGCGACAUCAAAAGAUGUUCAGAUUCAAGACUCCAAGAUGUCAGAAUCAUCACCCACACAAUCAAUCCCACAAUAUACAACACAACAGCCGUCUAUCUCAUCCGCGCCUCCAAUAAUUACCUAUCCCGAAUUCCUCACAACCCCCACAUCCCCCUCACCUCUGAUAACCAAGAACCGCCUCCUCACAACCCUCUACCUAUUCUCUGGCCUGUCCGCCCUCCUCUACGGAACACACAACUAUCUAAUAACCCCCAUGGUAGCCUCCUUAACUGAAUCACGCCUGGAACUCGCCCAAACUUCCAAGACCAAACUCUCCCAAUUCAUCACGAAACUCGAGUCUAUCGUAUCGGAAGUUCCCUCUGAGGCUAUACCAAAACAUAUCUCCGCACAAGAGGAUGGAGAAGAAAGCGAUGAGGAUCCUACUGAGAUGUUUCAUCGAGAUAUAGGUGUCCAGACUUCUCCACCUGCAUCUCGACCCUCGUCUCCCUCUCCAGAAUCGGCAGAAUCGAUAUUGGGGAAUCAAACGGGUCGAUUAAGUAAGUUGAGGGAGUCGCUGCAGGGACUAGUGGACGAUAAUUCGAGUGAGGGGCAUGAUGUUACGGAGUUGGAGGGCACGAUUGGUGUUCUACGAGAGUAUUUGGAUGGGAUGGCUUAUGUGGCGCCAACUUAUGGGUAUGGAGGGUAUGGUAAUAGUCAGUCUAAGGAGCAGGAUGAUGAGAUCAGUAGGGUGAAAGCUAGUAUUAGAGGUGUGAAGGGUGUUUUGCUCAGUGCGAGGAGUUUUCCUGGGGUGAAGGCUGGUGUAGGGGUCAGGUAGCGACAAUAAUUCAAACGUCCAGAGCAUUUCGAAGUCCAUAAUAUAUGUGAUUUCCUAAAGCUAUGAAGCUCAUAUUAGGGCU